AUUUUUAAAAAAAAGUGUCACACUCAUAAAAUAUAAACAUUUUGCAUGAUCAAAUAAUAGAUCAUAUUUGAAACCUUCUCCUCUGAUGAACAAGGAAAAACCAAACUCCUAUGAAGUUUUUGAUAAAAGUUGGAAGCCUUUCCCUUCAGCUUUAUUGUCUUUAAUUGAUCUUGGAACUCCCUCCACUGCUGUGACUUCAGUAAGUCCGACUUCCCACGUGGGAUUAUCUCAUUUGACACAGAUAAGUGGGAGUUUAGAGCACAGUGAGGAUAAAGUCCAACUGUAGGUGGGCAGCGGAGGCUGAAGGUCUGUGAAUCUGAACUCUGCUGACGUGUUUACAUUCUGAUAACCUUUAUUCAGAUCCAACAAAUGAGCACAAAGCUAGAGAAAACCCGGUAGAUGACAUUAGCUAAUCUUUACAUUCUGAUUCUUUGUUCGAGAGGUUUGCAUUAUUAGCUGGAUUUUGUUUCAUCUUUACUGCUACUUUGUUGCGUGGUGCACUAACUCGUCUGAGCUGACAGAAGAAGACAGUAAAGGAUGAAGAGUUGGAGGCUCUGGCUGCUGGCAGUGGCCACACUGCUGCUUGGAAUGAAUGGAGUUGACACGGAGGAUAUCCGAGCCAAAAACAUUAAUCUUCUCACCCCCACUGAUUAUAAUAUGGUGCUUAACCUUGGAAUGAGAGUGCUGCCCAGAGACUGCUACGACAUGUUGAUGACAUCAUCAGGAAAGGCUAGAGAUGGUGUUUACCUCAUCCAACCUGGCGACUCUCCCAUUGUGGCCUACUGCGCCAUGCAGGAGGGAGGCUGGACCGUAGUUCAGCACAUCACCGUCAACAGCAGCGUGAAUUUUGACCGCACUUGGGACGAGUACAAAAAUGGCUUCGGGGAUGUCACAGGUGACCACUGGCUUGGAAACAAGUACCUUAAUCAGCUCACUCUCGGCCCCGCCCACUAUAAACUGGGAGUGAAGCUUGUGGACCGAGACGCAGUGACCAAAACGGGCGAGUACGAUCCAUUUUUAGUGGAGGAUGAGUUGAAGGCAUUCAGGCUGAGGCUGGGGCUAUUCCAGGGCACUGCGGUGGACGCUCUGACCAUGGACACGGAGAACUACUUGCACGACAAUCAAAAAUUCACAACUAAAGACAGAGAUAAUGACAACUACUUUCAAAACUGUGCCAAGCUGGAGUUUCAAGGCGUGCCCGGUGGUGGAUGGUGGUAUGACGCCUGUGCUGGAGCCAACCUGAAUCGCAGGAACGUCAUUUACUGGCAGAAGGACUGCAACAAAGAGCAUUUGUGCAAGUAUGCUUGGAUGAUGGUGAGGCCUUCAGACUCAGUGAAGAUGAUUUAUAGUGGAGACUGCAAAAAGGAUGAGUUAUAACAACAGAUUUUGUUUUAAUAGUGUAGAACACCAUAGUGUUUGCUGUUAUUGGUAACUGUCCCGUAGCAGCUGCUGUCAUGAUGGACCUUUAUUUCACCUCAUUUUAUUAUGAAAGGCAAAAUGAUCACAAAAUACUACAAGUGAGGCAAAAACCGACCACAAAUAUGACACAUUGUUUAAAAUUGAACACUAUUUUCGCUCCAGCUUUGUCUCCAACAUGACAACAGAUUCAAAGCAAAGCAUUUCUUCCCCCAAAAAAACAUUUCAUAACAUUAUAGCUUAUGAUCCACAGCAAUAAUGUACAUCUUCCAUCAAAUGGAAAACAGCUUGUAAAUAUUUUUUUUUUCUCUUAGGUGUGUUACUUGUGUAUUAUUUUGUCAGACAGACACUUUAUUCAGCAACAGUAAUUUAAAAUGAAAAAAAAAAAAGUAAUAUUUUCAUGUUUGCAGAAAAAUAUCCUGAGACUUGAAAACACACAGGCAUUUUUACAAAGUGUACCCUCCCCUGUUCUUUAUGUAAACACUAAUGUUAUUUAGUUGGAAGUAUUAAAAAUGUUUUUUUUUUCAAGUGUU